AGCUCAACACUGAGGCAAUAGAAACAAACAGAAGAGCUGAGCCGAUACUCCACAAGUUUGUAACCUGAUCUGGAAUAUCCACAAAAUAUGGUUUCUGAGUGUGUGACUGCUUAAUGCAUUUUUAUAAAAACUGUGUUUUUAACAGUCAAAGGUAGCACAAUGUUUUCCUUUAUCACGUCGCUUAUUCCAACUUCCUACUUUCUACCAGAGUGGUUGACUCUGGAUACAAAUCCACUGGAUUGUUUACUUCAAGGACUGGUGGGUGCAUGUGGGAUCUCUGUGCUAUGCUCCUUGAUGAGAGUGCACUUAUUUCUAGAAGAGGAGAGUUGGAGUGAUAAAAGUGAUAAAGACACAUCAAACCAGAGGACAGCCAGUCAUCAACGGAGCGCAAACAAAGGACUUUUUGGCACGCUGCAGUUCUUCUUAGUGACGGGGGUGCUGGCUGUAGUGGGCUCGCGUGUCGCCUCCCUGGUGGUUCUAGAGUUUUGUCUUCGAGCUGUCUCUGGAUUGGUUACAGCAGGACCAGAGUCCAGCAAAUUUCUGCAGCAGCUGUUGGUUCAGAGCCAGUUCUCUUUAGGUUGUGCCCUGAGCUGCGGUCUGCACUUUCUCCACGAGGGGGCGUCCCAGCGCUGGCUAUGUCUGCUCCUGGCAGCAGCACUCAGCUGGUUCCUGGCUCGGCAGGCCACACUGCUGCUGCACCAUGUCAUGGCUCUGUAUAAACUCCACAGCUCGCAGCGCUACUGCGGCAUUUGCAUCCUCCUCCUCACAUCGGGCCGCUGCCUGCUGCCCAUGCUGUGCAGGACUCUGAUCAUUACUUUCUCCGUGGCUGUGGUGGCAGCAGUAUCAAUCAUCAAUAGGCACUUCCUCUCUGCAACAGAGGCCCUCAGGUUUUGGACGCCACUGACUAUCUGCUACACACUGUUGGUUGUGUACAUGCAGGAGGAGCAGCAGCGUCUCUCCGGCAGCCAGGCUGUCCUGAACACAGUAGUGGUGCGUCUCGGUGGUUUGAUGGUCCUGAUGCUGACUGUUGGACGUUGGGCCGACGUGCUCCACAUCCUAAUGUGUUUCCUGGGUGAGGCCAGCUGCCUAAUCCCCACUAAAGAUCUGCUGGAUGCGGCAUCCUCACAGGAUGAAGACGACUACACAGAGUAUGUAAAAAGAGAGCGACGGCGAAGACCACAAGAGAAGGAGCAUCACAGAUAACCACUCAGGGUUUUUUCAAUAUAUAGUAGCAGUUCUUUUUAUUGUCAUAUUAGAAACCAUACAUGAGUUUGUAUUUCAAAUGUAAUGCUUUUUCAUAUUAAAAAUUUAAUUUGGAAUUUCAAUAUGUUAAAAAAAUAUAUUUAAAAACCACUGUAUAUGUAUAUGUGGAAUAAUAAUAUGACCCACGGCAUAUUCUGCCUCACAUCAUUUUCUUUUUAAAUGAUCAUUAUGCUUAUUUUCAGAUGUUCUUCUCAUCUAAAUCUCAUUGUCUUUGUUACUGUUAAUACACACUAAGGUAGGUGAGUCUUGCUGUUCUGGAUGUUAUUCUAAGAGUCUGUGCGACAUCUUGGAUAUUAAUGCUGUAAACUUGGAGAGAAGCUGGCAUGCAGUUACUCCUGGGGAGAGUCAUUGUUCCAAUUUUUCUUUGUGGGGGCCCCGGAGCCUGGGGGCGUUGUAACCCUUUCGGAGGAGGCCUGCUGAUAGAUGAGGGGUCAAA